AUGUCAGAAAUUUUCUAUAUAAAUUUCCUAUGCUUGCUCAUACUAUUACUAUUAUCAAUAUCACCAUCAUCACUACUAAACAAAUCACCAACAGCAGCACAAGCCUACAAUAUCUAUAACUUCACCGAGACAAAUCCGGGUUUAAUAGCACAAGGCGGCAGCGGUCAACACUUUGACGACUCAUCACUUUUCCUAUGGCUAGCGAAACAAAAUCCAAACGACACUACUUGCAUAGAGCCACGACUAUAUUUCCGGAUAAUUCGCCCAGACUUGAGUAUUAUACGAAUAAAUGUUGAUUUGCCGCCACAAAUGCAAUCAUUGGUAUGUGAAAAAUGGGGUGCAGGCAAUAAAGUCUUUGGUAGAGUUAUGAAGCUGCCGUAUUUUCUGGUGUCUUAUGUUAAUGUGACUAAGAAAAUUGGCACGAAGAAUGAUUAUAAUUAUUAUCGUGUUGGGUUGUUGAUGGAUUUGGAUGGAACUGUCAAGGAUUUCUUUCCAAUGACUCCUGUACAAGAUUUUGCAAGUUCAGGGAUAUUAGUUGAAAACCUUAAACCUGAUAGUGGAUUCUUUUGGCUAUAUAGCGCUUCAAUAAAUAAUACACUUGGAUGGAUAAAAUACAGCACUGUCUAUAGCAAUGGGACAAUCAAAAACAUAACAAGUGGAGAUUUCUCAAUCGCAACGCAUUCUGCAUUUCCAUUUGCAAUGCUAGAUGGUGGCUACGGUUUAGCAUACACACUAAACAAAACACGCGAAACACAAUCAAAUAAAGAAAAUAUUUCCGACAUUCUAUUCUCAAACUGGGAAGCCUACGUAACAUUCUUACGACCAAACGCCAAACAAUUCGAACAACCCUUUCUCUUAUACGAAACAACGCAGAAACUGAAUAUGUUAUACAUUUAUUCUUGCAACGCUCCAUAUGACUCUGACGGGUUGAAGUGUCUGUUGAGAAUGGAAAUAGGCUUUGGCAACAACAUACAGGCGCUAUUUAAGCAAGUGUGGUUUUUAACUAGUGGAUCGGUGUAUAAAAUUGAGGAUAUACCAUUAGUGAAAUCCCAAUAUGAAGUUAAUGGUAUUUCGACGUUAUUUUAUGGUGGAUUUUUGUUGACUGUUUAUGACAAGAAGGGAACAGACAAUAGUAGUGUUACUGGACUUAUUUAUGAUUCGAAGGGAAAUCCUUAUGGAAAGUGGGAUAUUCCGGAUAAUGUGCGUAUGUCGGAUGUUUACGAUGUAUUGCCGAAUAAUAGUUUAUGGAGCAUUUCUACGCUUACUAAUACAAGUUUUAGUAUUGUAACUACUGAUUUGAAGAGAUUUAGCUAUGAUAAUGGAUACGGAAAUCUUAAAAUAAACCGUACAACCCCAGGAAUCGACGCCAUCGUCUCUGAUACCUUAAAAGACAUCACUUUAGCAUUCAUAAAACCAGUCGCACUGUCGAUUGGCAAUAUCUCAAUCUACCAAACAGGCAUAAAUGGAGAUGAUUUAUUACGUCAAACAAUCUACUGGUUAUCUGAAUUGGCGUCGACGACCGAUAACGAUUAUAAUGUUUCUAUUCGAAUUUUGCCGAGUACGUUUAAUCAGCCGAGCGCUAGUUAUUAUGUGUUAAUGGAUAAUAAUUUUGUAAAAGAUAAGGAACUGAAUGAGCCGAUUCUUGGGAUUAAGAAGAAUGGAUAUCGGUUGUAUAGUGAUAAUUACUCUGACCGUUAUUCAGACGGAAUAACCUGUCUACUACGAUUAACUCCUGAAGGCUCUGAAUACUUUAAAAGUUUAUCAAACGAUGAUAAAAAUAUACUAUUCAUCAGAAUUCGUGACGAAUUAAUUAAAUUCACACCAAUCGAAGACAAUCGUCUUAGCACUUCAAAACGUUGGCAACAAGACCCCAAGACAGCAUCACAACAAGUGCUCAUGGAAUUUAAAGUUGAAGCAUCGCAAAAUUCAAAAAUUAAUACCAGGCGUAUAAUUACAGAUAUCGAUCAUUUAGUGCGAUUUAAAGCUUAUACACAGAUUUCGUUGUCGAAUUUUACUUAUUUGCUUGAUGAGACUUAUGGAGCUACGUCUGCACUUGAUUUAUGGGAAAAAUACAAGUAUAAACUGACUUAUGUGGUUGGCGGAAUAGGAUUUGUUUUCAUGACAUUUUUGUUUGGUCGUUUUCGACAUCCAGAAGGAAAUAAUUCGGUAGUUUUUCAACUCGCAUUGAUUUUUGUAGAUUCCACAUUUGAUGUUCUUUUUAUUGUGAACAACGGACAAGACGUUUCAAGUCUAUUUUAUCCAAGUAUCAUUGUUCUUUGCUUCUCAGUAGCAUUUAAUGGGAUCCUAGCGUUUCUAAUAAUCCUCCGAGAAACCGCGCAAAACUACAAAUUCUCAAACUGGUUCAACUCAAAUAUGCGUACCACCACAAUUUUCACUAUCCUCAGUGGUGCUGAUGUCGACGUAAUAAGAAUAAUCGGAUCACGAUUUGCAGGACUGGAGAUUUUUAAUGCCCCAUUUUCGAUAAAAGCUACUGGAUUAACAUCCUCAAUAAUCCUCGUCAACAACCUCAUAUUUCGAACAUUCCACGCAUUCCACUACUGUCGUAAUCGCGGCGGCAAAUACGCAUCAACCUCACAAAAUAUUUACAGGGAAGAGACCUAUGAAGUGCCAUUAACUUCUGCAGCAGCAAAAGAACCUCGACAUUUUGGAACGGCACCUGGAUCUGGUUUGGGUAGUCCGAAAGUAGCUUCUUUUGAGAGUGCUCGUAGGAUUGGUAGUGGUGGUGUUGAUGGUUAA